UAGUGUUAAUGAUAGUGAAUAAGACAAGAUGAAGUGGCUGCUGCUGUUGUUUCUGGUGCACCAGUCUUCAGCUGUCAUUCAUUACUUAAAUUUGACCGAGUACAGCAAAAUGCCAGAUCUGUACCAGAUGGACGACUACGACACUUGUGUGAUGGAGCCGGGCGGGACCUACUGUCUCGUCGACGCUGACCUCUACUCCAAGGAACCCUCCGACCUCAUGCUGAUGAUACAGGAAUACUCAAAAAAUACAAGAAAACAUUACAAUCACACGAAAGUACACCGAGCUUUGUGCAUCCGAAAAUCUUGCAAGGAUUUCGUGAAGAACAGAAGUGUAGAGAACGAAGCGGACCUGAGAUCCAUCCUUGAGGAGUGUGUUGACGAUUCCUUGUGGAAAGGAUACAAGCUAAACGCCAGGUUAACCGAAGUCUUAUACUGCAAGAGACACGGCGACAAGAGGAGUUUCAGCACUGGAGAUUACAUCAUGGCGGGUGUAUAUUUGGUCCUGAUCAUACUGAACGCAGUCGGGACUUCUUACGACAUUAUCAGUGGAGAUGCGGCAGGGAAUCCGUACUUACUGGCGUUCUCUCUCCGGCGUAACUGGCGUAAGCUGAUAGCUCCCAGUGGAGUUGGGCCCGAGCCCAGGCUCAACCGGCUCAAGAUCAUCAACGGAUUAAGAUCCCUGACGAUGGUCUGCGUCUUCUUUUCGCACUGCGUGUUAGUGCUUAUUGUUUUUUACAUCAAGAAUCCAUACUUCGUCGAAAACAUGUUCAAUGAUCCCACCAAGUACAUCCUGCUCAACGGCACGCUGGUGACGUACACGUUCUUCGUGAUGUCGGGUUUCCUGCUGGCGUUCAACUUCGAGCUGCACGCGGAGAAACACCGCGUUAGCUUAUGGGAGUGGCCCAAAGGAAUGAUCUUGCGGUGGCUGAGACUAACCCCGACCUACGCGCUGAUUAUGUUCACCGUGAUGACCCUGAUGCGGCACCUGGGCGACGGGCCCCAGUGGGAGCUGGUGGUGACCAGUGAGUCAGACGCCUGCCACAAACACUGGUGGGCUCACCUGCUCUACAUCCAUAAUUAUUUGUGGGAGGACAUGCCUUGCUUUCCUCAGUCUUGGUACCUGUCAGCGGACACGCAGCUGUUCGGGCUAGGUCUACUAGUCUGCAUCGUGUGCCGGAAGCCGCGGACGCAGAUGCUGGCGCUGGGUGUUCUGAUGGCCGUCUCGGUCGCCAUCCCCGCCGCGCACACCUACUUCCAGGACCUGGGCGCUGUUGUACACAACUCUCCUGAAUCACUCCGCACCUAUUUCCGGUACAACAGGGAGUUCCAGAUAAUCUUCGUGCGCGGCCACACCAACCUGUCGACGUACGUGCUGGGCAUCGCCGGUGGCCUGCUCGCUUACCACUGGCUCAACAACGAGAAGGCUGUCUCUGAACGACUACAGAAGUACGCGUGGCUCAUAUGGCUGGUGCUCCCUGUCGCUGUGAGCAUCAUCCUGUCCGGUGGCAUCUUCUACAUGGACAACUUCGAGCCGUCCACCUUCGUGCGAGUACUCUACGCCUCCGUCCACAAGCCCAUCUUCCAGCUUUGCAUCGUGGUGCUGAUCAUCAGCGCCAUUUUUAAGGUUAAAAGCGUGGUCCGUUACCUCCUCGAGUGGCGCGGGUUCACGUGGACGAGUCGUGUGGCGUACGCCGGCUUCCUUGUACACUCCAUGUUCCAGCGCGCGCUCGUGGGCGCAGCCCGUCUGCCCGCCUACAUGACCGACUACAAUGUGAUAACAAUCCUGGCAGCGACAGUGUUCCUGUCGUUCGGCACAGGCGCGCUGCUGUACGUGACGGUGGAGUCGCCGGUGGCCGCGCUGCUCAAGGCCGCGCUCGCGCCCCGGAGGGCCCGGGCUAAGGAGCAACCCGCUGAAGACGCCCCUACCCCUACUGAUGUUACUACUAAGUUCUAG